AUCACACAACACAGGAAGCUGCGGGUGCGAAGUGGGGUGGGGAAAGCAGUGAUCUGAUCACUUUCAGAAGUAAACUUUGUAUUUUCACCUCAAAAUAACUCAGAAUCAUGGUGUUUUCAAUGCAGCUGCACCGUUGUCAUUGCAUGUAAAGUGUAUCGUUGUUGUAAAACUCAACGUCCCUCUGCACGUCUCUCUCUUACGUACUUCGUCUGACUGAAGAGGCACCCCGUCAUUGACACUCUAUUGAGGCUCUCAUUAGUGAAGUGUGGUUUGGUUAUGUGUACCUUAUAAUGGUAUUGUGACAAAGUUCUGUUUUUCGAAGCAUUUCCUGGGACUUAUGAAGAAAAAUGGUCUCUUAAAAAAAUAGAAGCAUGUUUUCAUGCUGUUAUUAAUGGUGCCUGUUACAUCAUUUAUUUUACUGCACCUCAAGACAGACUCAUCCUGGAAAAUAGUGUAACAAAUUUGAUUUACAAUGGCUGCUACGUUUGAGCCGUAUGACAGAGAUAGUUGGUAUUUUGGCCAGAUGUCACGUCAAGAUGCCACGGACCUCUUGAUGGGAGAAAGAGAGGGAGGAGUUUUUCUUGUUAGAGAUAGUAAUUCUAUCCAUGGAGACUUUGUUUUGUGUGUACGGGAAGACAGUAAGGUCAGCCAUUACAUUAUUAACAAAUUGCAACAAGGAGAUCAAACAAGGUACCGCAUCGGAGACCAAACAUUUCCAGAUCUUCCCAGUCUGUUAUCAUUCUACAAACUCCAUUACCUGGACACCACACCUUUAAUAAGACCAGCUCCUCGGCGAAUUGAAAAAGUCAUGGCAAAAUAUGACUUUGAAGGCAGUGAUCCAGAUGAUCUUCCAUUUAGUAAAGGAGAAGUCUUGACAAUAGUUCAAAAGGAUGAAGAUCAGUGGUGGACAGCAAGAAAUAGUGUGGGCCAGAUAGGGUCCAUCCCAGUGCCAUAUGUUCAAAAGUAUGAAGAAAAUCAGUUGGGUGAUGGUCAGAGACCAGGAUCUGGGGGAGGCAAUCCUAUCCCUGUUCAGCAAGAAACCACAAUAAAAAGAACCAACAUUCAGCGAAAACUUCCUGCCUUUGCCCGUGUGAAGCAGGCACGAGUUCCAAAUGCAUAUGACCGAACAGCCUUGAAGUUGGAAGUUGGAGACACUAUUAAGGUUACUAAAAUGAACAUUAAUGGUCAAUGGGAGGGAGAAUUAAAUGGAAAAAAGGGCCACUUUCCUUUUACUCAUGUUGAAUUUAUUGAUAAAGAGGUGGAAGAUGGCAAUGAAGAUAGUUAGCUUACAUAAGUAUCAUUCAUUCACUCAUUCAUUAUUAUUAAAUAUUGAUCCUUGGGGACAAAUAUUCAAAGCAAUUCAGUCAUAGAUUUUUAGCCUGAAUUAAAUUUUGAUAUUUGCUGUGAAAGUAAGAUCCAGCAACAAGUCAACCACAGAUGUGGUAAAUAGGCAAGGAAUUAGACUUUGCUUCAAUGCUUGAUGUGUUGAAUUCAAUUUCUGUACACCUUGGUGAGGUUACAGAUUAUCUGAAGCUCGUAUAGGACUGGGGGGAGAUUUAUUUCAGAAUCCUCUCAGUUAUCCUUAUUUUAAACAUGGAGAGAACUGUAGUAGGAAAAAUAUGAUAGAAAAUGCAAUUAAUUUUACUCUGAAUCAAUGUGAGGUAAUCUAUUAGUAAGGAGUGGUGGUAUAUACUAUAACAAGACAAACACUGCUUGUGUGCAUAUCAACGUAAGGGGCUGUGCGUGUUUUCAAAGUUAGUAUAACAUUGCCUCUUGAUGUGAAAGUAAUUUUCCAUCUAAUACAGCUGAUGAAGUGAUCGUCUGUUCUAAGACAAUGUAUUUAUUCUGAUUGUGUCAUUUGUAAUUUAUUUAUGGGCCAUAAAUGAAAAACAUUAUUGGCGGUUGAUAGCAAUUUAGUGCGAUUGAUAUUUUAAAGGGCCUCAAGGUGCACUUUGGAAGUCUAUCUUGAGGUGUAUUUUGAAAACAUUUUAUCCAAGUUUGCUGCCUCUUGUAUCAAAUUUUCAUAGGUUUGAGAUUUUAAUGUCUUGGUAAAGAUUGACAAGUCUGAUUAAUUAUUUGAAUGAUUUUCCUGUGUGCGUCUGGGAAGUAUUAGCUGUGUGAGGCAAGUGCCAAAUGAAAUUUUAAAGAGUUCUGUAAAUAUGCUUAUUUCUGAAAAUAUUGUCUAAUCUCUAAGUUGAUUUUGAGGUGAUUAUUUCUAUCAUUGUGGAGAUUUUUACUCUGUUUGACCUAUACCUCAGUACUCGGGUCUAAUGAGCUAUUACAGUGGUUGAUGAACCACCAAAUUAAUUUUAAAUCUAUUUCUCAUGAAGUAUUUCUGAAUUUCUACUUGAAAUUGUGUCUUUAAAUUAUCCUACCAGUGCUAGAACCAGUAUAAGAAUUUAAACAGUUGGCCUAGGGUACAGUGAUAGACAGGCUUCUAUUUUACCAGUAGUGUAUUUGAAGAUAAUUUUGUAUCUUUUUAUGAAUGGAAGAAAUUAGUUUGAUUUGAUUCUCGUUUCAGUGUGAUAUGAAAACAUCAUCCUUUCCUCCUUUUUUAUAGUAGAUAAUUAUGCCUAUACAUCUAAGUCUUGUAUGUCUCCCAGUGAUUUUUCUGUUCUCAUCUUUACUUUAUUUUCAAAUCUGCGUUUCAAGUCUGAAUACACACUGUACACUUCUAUUCUGUUCUCAUUCUCAGCUUAUUGAAAAUGAGCAAAUGAGUUGCAGUUGCUUUGGUGAACUGUUGGACAUAUAUUUCCAGCUCUGCAUUAUAUUUAAACAGUUUUGGGGACUGUCUAAAAAUAUAGCUUUCCAUAAUUUAUUGCAGUACAGGACACCCAUUUGAGUAAAAUGUAGUAUCUUGUGAAAUGUUAUACAGGGUGGCCCGUUUGGGCCACUGUUUCUGUAAGUAUGCAACAUAUUCUAUUUCAGCUGAGCGAGGGCAAGAGGUGUGGUGGGGCUACUCCCCACUUCCCCCUUGCCUGUGCCCAGCUGAAGUAGAGUGGGUUGCGGGCCACCCUCUACAGCUACAGCUAUGCAUUGUCAAUAAAUUUCUUUACAAAUGUGCGCUUGGUGUGUGAAAGAUAAAUAUGAUAAUACACUGGUUCCUUCGUAUUAUAUUAUUCCAAAUUUGCAUUUCAUUACUGAAUGUAGGAUUAGGAUUAUUCCUCCUAAAGUAUUUGUGUAUUUUCACACAAUGUGAUUUUUUAUACUUGUGAAACUUAAUUCAAAUCAAAACUUUUGUUGUGAUCGCAAAUAAGGAAGGUAGCCAAAGGCAGCUCUCUUAGAUUUGAAUCUAGAUUCUUGAUUCCAUAAAAUAUGUGUAGUGUGACCGGAGGCUUUCUUGAUACAGACUGGAAUUAAAUACUGAGUAUGUGACUGAAUCAUGCUGAUGUAAUUAUUUUUUUCUUGUGUCUGUAUAUUAGUACAGAAAAGUAUUACCAUAAAUGGAAUAUUGAUCUGGUGACCAGCAGCUGAAAAGUUUUAGUUUGAAUUCUGUUCAGGUGGUUACUACAAACCUAAAUCUGUCAAAAACAUAUUUUCAAAGACAGUUUUGACUGCUUCCGUUUUCGUGAUUUUUUGACUGUUUUCAAGAUUUUAGUCAAUCAUAAGAUCUUUGUUUGCAAUAAAAUGCAAUGCAAUCCACAAAUUGAGAUUAAAGGAAGAAUUCACUCCAUAGUUGCCCAGAUCUAAAGCACUGUGCUCUAUGAUAAGACAGUUUAAAUUAGGGCCCUUGGUUUUUGCUAUGUAAAAAUCUCGGCGCUGGUUGUGUAAAUGAUUGUGAUCAUAUCAAAGAUUGGCAUUUGCUUUGAUCGUGUAUAAUUUUUGCCAGAUUUACUAGAAUUAAGUAAAGAAGGUACGGCCUUAUUUUGUUUGGCGCACAAUUUUUCACAGUUUGUAAAAAUUUUGCGAAGACUGGAAUGAAAGUACAAUGAUGCGUAUUUUGUGAGCAGGUGAUUGUAAAAAAAUUAAAUAAAUAAAUUGUAAUGGUUCAAUGGUA